UCCCUCACCCCUUGAGCUGCCGCAUAGGACUUCUCUGAAGGUUCUUCCUCUUCAGGAGGAAGGGUCUAGGAGGCUUGGUCCAGUCAACCUCGGUUGCGAAACUUUUCGUCCUCCCUAACACGCUUGUCGCGUUCUGAAAGUUUCCUGCUUUUUUUCGGUCUGAUCAGUUUCCUUCCAGAAUACUGCUCAAACACCCAUUUUUUUGGUUUCUAUACCAUAUAAAUUCGUCUUCCCGAUUCCCAUCUACCCACUCAGGUUUCCAUCGUGCGCUCAAUAGCACGUUUGGUUAUGGCACCUACUGCUUGUGUCCCUCCCGUUGAGAUUCUCGCGACCAAACACAAACCUGAGAUAAUACAUUCUCAUAAUAAUUACAAUCUGCUCGGUAAUCAUGGAGGGGACGAAUCGUUGCAAUCGAGGUUGACUGCCAAGGACCUCGUCCUGGAGGUUCUGAAGAAGCGCGCGGCUGAAGUGGAUGUUGACCAAUGUGGCGCCGGAGAGGAGGAUGCGUUCUAUGUGGCAGACAUGGGCGAGAUCUACCGCCAGCAUUUGCGCUGGAAAAUGCAAUUGGGCCGUGUGAAGCCUUUUUAUGCGGUCAAGUGCAACCCCGACCCGGAGAUUCUUCGUCUCAUGGCUCAGCUUGGAAAUGGUUUCGACUGUGCUUCCAAGUCUGAGAUUGACUUGGCCCUCGCGACCGGUAUCGACCCGAGCCGCAUCAUCUACGCGCAGCCUUGCAAGACCAAGUCGUACUUGCGCUAUGCGGCCCAGGUUGGAGUGAAGCAGAUGACUUUUGACAACGCGGACGAGCUCUACAAGAUCAAGGCGUGUUUCCCGGAUGCUGAGCUGUACCUGCGCAUCUUGACGGAUGACUCGACUAGCUUGUGUCGUCUGAGCAUGAAAUUCGGCGCGUCCUUGGACGUUGCGCGCGAGCUCCUCGAAUUGGCCGCGCAGCUCGAUCUCAAGGUGGUUGGCGUGAGCUUCCACGUCGGCUCGGGCGCCGAGGACCCCAGCGCGUUCGUCAAAGCCGUCCAGGAUGCGCGCAUGGUGUUCGACCAGGCGGUGGAAGUGGGCCACGAGCUCCACACCUUGGAUGUGGGCGGUGGUUUCAGCCAUGACACGUUCGAGAAGUUCGCUGGAUAUCUGGGUGAGGCCCUCGAUGCCUACUUCCCGCCUCACGUCCGUAUCAUCGCCGAGCCAGGUCGCUACUACGUGGCCAACGCCUUCACCUUGGCGGCCAACGUCAUUGCGCGUCGCGACAUCCCUGACCCGACCGAUACGACCCGCAACGCGUACAUGGUCUACCUGAACGACGGCGUGUACGGCAACUUCUCGAACAUCAUCUUCGAUCACCAGCAUCCGAUCGCGCAGAUCUUGACCUGUGCGAAUGGCAUCGACCGCUCCGCUGAGGGCAUCCACUACUCCGUCUGGGGUCCUACCUGCGAUGGAAUCGAUGUCAUCACCCAGCACAUCGAGCUGCCGGGAAUGUUAGAUGUCGGAGACUGGCUGUUCUUUGAGGAGAUGGGGGCAUACACCAAGUGCAGCGCGACACGUUUCAACGGCUUCUCUGACAACCACGAGGUGAUCUACAUCUCUAGCGAAGCCGGAGCAUCUGCUCUCCUCGACUACUAAUUUGUUUUUAUACUGCGCUUUGUUUACUUGUAUGUUUGUCAUUGGCCUGUAGGCCACGUUGCUUGCGUUUAGAUUAGAGUUAGUGUUUCACCUGUAAUUUUGUUGUCAUUAUCAUUGUUCUAGUAAUCCUUUGGGCUGUUUAAUGAUAGACCUGGGCUCUU